GGUUUCCAAAUGGCCAAUAAUUUAUAUACUAAAUCCAAUUUUCCAUUAGUUAUUUAUGAUAUAAAUCAAUCUUCUCUAGAAAAAUUUACUUCUUUACAUUCUGCAACUAUUUCUAAAAAACCAAUUUAUCAUGCUAAAUCUCCUGCCGAUGUUGCAAGAAAAGCUUCGGUUGUUAUUACUAUGUUACCAUCUUCUCCUCAUGUAAAAGAUGUUUAUUUAGGAAAAGAUGGUUUGGUUGAAGGUUUAGAUGAUCAAAAUUUCUUUAUUGAUUCUAGUACUAUUGAUCAAAGUGUUUCAAAAGAUGUUGCACGACAAAUUAUUGAUAAAGGAGUUGUCGGUGCUGAAGCUGCUACUUUAACUUUCAUGGUCGGUGCAUCGACUGAAACGGAUUUUCUAAGAUCUAAACCUUACUUAACAUAUAUGGGUAAAAAUAUUGUACAUUGUGGAGGCCUUGGUACAGGUCAAAUUGCCAAGAUUUGUAAUAAUAUGCUUUUGGCAAUUUCUAUGAUCGGUGUAUCAGAAACAAUGAAUCUUGGUAUACAAUUAGGAAUGAAUCCUCAAUUAUUAGCAAAUAUAUUAAAUACAAGUUCUGGUAGAUGUUGGUCAAGUGAUACUUAUAAUCCUUGUCCUGGUAUUAUGCCAAAUGUACCAUCAAAUAAUGAUUACGAAGGUGGUUUUGCCAAUACUUUAAUGGCAAAGGAUAUGGGAUUGGCUGUUAAUGCUGCUAAAGAUGUACAAGCUACUAUUUUUUUGGGUACUGUUGCUCAACAAAUUUAUAAUGCUUUGUCUAAAUCUCCUGGUUAUGAAAAGAAAGAUUUUGGUUCUAUUUAUAAAUGGUUGAAUGAAAGAAGUGGAAAUAAAUGA